GUUAUUUUUCAUUGAUUGAAAAUGAUCCGAUUUCUUUAUAAAAGGUUCUAAUUGGUGAAUUAUCGACUCGUAUCAAUAAAGAAAGAUCACCAAAUGGAAUUUUAAGUGCUGUACAACAAGCACAACAAAAAACAAAACAACAACCAAAAGCUGCUCGUGCUGGUGGAGCGAAGAAAGGUAAACAAACAACAAGUCGUAGUAAAGCAAAAGCAAAACAAUCUGAUGAUAAUGACGAUGAUGAUUUAAAAGAAAAUGAUGGCGACGAUGAUGAUGAUGAAAAUGUAUUUAAACGACCAAUGAGAAAAGAACCAAAAGUGCAAACAAUAAGUCGAUCAAAACGUGGUGCGGACGCGUAA